AAGUCCUUAACAGUUUCGACUCUCUUUCCUUUCCCACUCUUUUCAACCAUUUCUCAACCUUUCUACUCAGAGCUCUUCAAUUCAUCAGAUUCGUCAUUCUAGAGAGAGAGAGAGAGGGCUAUUUGUUUGGCCAUGUUAGGGUUUUGAAAGCUCGUAGAUUUCAGCUUUCUUCUUCUUCUUUCUGGGUAUGGAGUUCAAGAAGGAAAAGCUUGUCAGGUUUCGUUCGGAUGGGAAUCAGCAAAAGGAAUCUGUGUGGGGUCAUCAUGGUCCUCAGUGGCUUGAUAGGUCAUCAUCUACAUAUAAGGUUCCAUCAUCUUCAUUACUGGAAUCCAAUGGUGGAGUUCUUGGGGGUAAAAUUAAACUUUCUGAUACUUUCAAAAUAGGUAGGUCUAAAGUAUUUCCAGAAGAUCACGAGCCUUGGCGCAACAGAAUUCUUGACCCAGGUGGUGAGAUCAUGUUGCAAUGGAACCGGGUUUUCAUUGUUUCGUGUUUAGUGGCACUUUUUGUUGACCCACUGUAUUUUUACUUGCCUGUGGUGGGAGGGAAUGAAAACUCAGCAUGUGUGAAAACAGACUUUAAUUUACGGAUUGUUGCAACUUGCUUUAGGACUCUUGCGGACAUAUUUUAUUUAUUGCACGUGAUUAUAAAGUUCCGAACGGCUUAUGUUGCUCCUAACACUCGAGUGUUUGGGAGGGGUGAGCUUGUGAUGGACCCAAAGAAGAUUGCUCGUAGGUACCUGAGAUCUGAUUUCUUUAUAGACCUCAUUGCUACAUUGCCUCUGCCUCAGAUUGUCAUAUGGUUUAUUAUACCAGCAACAAGAAGUGCUCGAACUGAUCAUAACAACAAUGCCCUCGCACUAAUUGUUCUGCUUCAAUAUGUUCCGCGGUUAUAUCUGAUUUUUCCAUUAAGCUCACAAAUAAUCAAAGCAACCGGAGUGGUCACAAAGACUGCCUGGGCAGGCGCUGCAUAUAAUCUGCUGUUGUACAUGUUGGCUAGUCAUGUUCUAGGGGCAGCGUGGUAUUUGCUAUCGGUUGAUCGGUAUACCUCUUGCUGGAAAUCCUUUUGUCGAAAGGAAGGCAUUGGGAGUUGUGAUUUGUAUUAUUUAGAUUGUGAUUCCUUAAAUGGAAACAAGCGCAUGAGUUGGGCAAAUGCUACAAGUGUGUUUAAUAACUGCAAGCCUGAUACUAAAAAGUUCAAAUAUGGCAUAUUUGAAAAUGCAGUGGCAAAAAAAGUUGUUUCAUCAAACUUCAUUGAAAAGUAUUUCUAUUGUUUAUGGUGGGGCUUACAGAAUUUGAGCUCAUAUGGGCAGAAUUUGGCGACAAGUACAUUUAUAGGAGAGACGUUAUUUGCCAUUCUCAUUGCCAUUUUGGGUCUUGUAUUGUUUUCCCAUUUGAUCGGGAAUAUGCAGACCUAUCUGCAAUCGAUCACUGUGAGGCUCGAGGAGUGGAGGCUUAAACGAAGAGACACUGAGGAAUGGAUGAGGCAUCGUCAACUCCCUGAAGAUUUAAGACGGCGUGUUAGGCGUUUUGUUCAAUACAAGUGGCUUGCAACUCGUGGGGUUGAUGAAGAAUCCAUCCUUCGUGGAUUACCUGCUGAUCUUAGUCGGGAUAUUCAACGUCAUCUGUGCUUAGAUUUAGUUCGACGGGUACCUUUCUUUUCACAGAUGGAUGAUCAAUUGCUCGAUGCAAUAUGUGAACGACUAGUAUCCUCCCUAAGCACUGCUGGAACCUACAUUGUUCGUGAGGGUGACCCUGUUACCGAGAUGCUUUUCAUCAUUAGAGGUACACUGGAUAGUUCUACUACCAAUGGAGGUCGAACCGGUUUCUUCAAUUCAAUCACAUUGAGACCAGGGGAUUUUUGUGGAGAGGAAUUACUGUCAUGGGCUUUGCUUCCUAAAUCUACCUUAAACUUGCCUUCUUCAACUAGAACAGUCAAAGCACUGAAUGAAGUUGAAGCUUUUGCAUUACGAGCUGAAGAUCUCAAAUUCGUUGCCAACCAAUUUAGGCGCCUACAUAGCAAGAAGCUUCAGCACACCUUUCGAUUUUACUCCCACCAUUGGAGAACAUGGGCUGCUUGCUUUAUUCAGGCUGCUUGGCGUCGGUACAAGAAAAGGAAGCUUACAAAGGAUCUAAGCAUGAAGGAAUCAUUUGCUAGGGAAGAGCAAGUAGCCUAUGAGAGUGAACAAGAAGAAGAAGAAGAAGAACGAGAAGGAGAAGAAGAAGAAGAAGGAGAGGAAGAAUAUUCUAGACGUGCAAAUACUUCAAAGACGAAAAUGAAUCUUGGUGUUACGAUAUUGGCCUCAAGGUUUGCUGCUAACACCAGAAGAGGAGCUCAAAAGGUAAAGGAUGAGAUGCCAAAGUUACGAAAACCUGAAGAACCAGACUUUUCGACUGAACCUGAUGACGAGUAGUUGUCUGAAGUGGGCUACAUACUAUAUAUUUGCUAAGAAACACAUUGCGUGACACGCCAGAGCUCGUUCAUGGCUGUCUGGUGUGCACAAGUCUCAACGAAAUGACUCACAAUCGGAUUGGCGAACUAAACAAAUGAGAUCAUUAUAGGAAUGUGUAAUUGGAUUAGGUUGUCUUGUUUGAUACAUCUUAUUUUCCUUUUUUUUUCCACAGUUGACUGAAUAGGGCAUGGCUAAUGGGGUUUAGAAUUCAUCAAUUUGGAUAUUGAGCUUCAGAGAAAAGCUAACUUGGGGAUGGUGGGCUUUCUCUUGAACAGAUGGAGACUAAUUCUUUAAUAUUGUCUCUUAUCUUAAUUUGUAAAUGUCAAGUAUAUGAGAGAGUGUACCUUAUACCAUAUCAAAUGUAGAUCAAACAUUAUUAUUGACUGACUUGUGUCUCUCUUAUUCUGUGUUUGGUAUGAGGUUCAAACUUUGAUGGCAAUGAGAAUGUUAAAUUUAAAUUAAAUUUUAAAGAAGAAAGAGUUUGUAUUUUCAA